CCGCCCGCUGGUUAUGUGAUUUUGUGAACAGACAUACAAUAUGGCCGCUCUACAUUUUAUUUUGAUCUUGCUCGUAGCGAGCCAGCUAUCAGCUGCCAAAGAUGUGGAGGGAAAAUCAAAGGUCUCAGAACUCCUGGAGAACGGAAUCAAGGAUGAACCAGCAGGAAAACCGGCAAAGAGAGGAAUAAUUUCCACUGGGAUUGGUCAUGGGAUUGGAGGAAUUUCCUCUCUGGGAGGAGGAAUCUCUUAUGGAGGACUUUCAUCUGGCGUCGCCAUCGGAGGUUCCGGUAUCGGCAUCGGUCCCGGUAUCGGUUUUGGAUCCGGUAUUGGCGUUGGAUCCGGGAUUGGUAUUGGGUCUGGGAUUGGUAUUGGCUCUGGCGUUGCUGUUGCCGCCGGCCCCGCAGUCGCCGCUGCUCCCGCAGUGUCAGUCGCCGCUGCGCCAGCCGUGGCAGUAGCCGCCGGUCCCGCUGCUGUCCAGACAUCAGUAUCAGUCGCCCCAAACCCAGUCAUCCUCAGACAGGAGAUUCCGAGAUUCAUCACUCGCACCAUCACCAGAAACGUCCAAGUGCCCGUGCAAAUACCAGUCCCAGUUCCAGUGGACAGACAAAUCCCAGUCCCGUACCGAGUACCGGUACCCGUGCCCGUUGAUAGACCGGUGCCCGUCGUGCACAAGGUCCCCGUUGAGAUUACGAGACAAGUGCCCGUGUACUAUGAAAGGAAAGUGCCAUAUCCCGUCAAGGUGCCCGUACAAGUGCCAGUCCCGUAUCCAGUUACGGUCGAGAAACAUGUUCCAGUGGAUCGCCCCGUAUACGUUGACCGUCAGGUCCCCGUGCCUCACCCCGUGUACGUCGACAGGCACGUGAAUGUGCCCGUGCCCGUGCAUGUGGACAGGCCAGUAGCUGUCCCGCAUCCCGUAGUGGUUGACAGGCCAGUGGCUGUGCCUCAGCCGGUAGUUGUCGAGAAGCAGGUGCCAGUCCAAACGGUGGCCUCCGUGCCAGUCAGUAUCGGCCAGUCCGUCGGUCUCUCGAGCGGUUAUGGAGUAUCCAGUAUCGGCAGUGUCGGCAGUAUCGGCGGUAUCGGACUAUCGGGAUUGGGACACGGUGUCGGUCUCGGUAUCGGUGGUCUGGGACAUGGGAUUGGCCUCUACAGCGGACAUGGGAUUGGCCUCUCCAGCGGACACGGGAUUGGCCUCUCCAGCGGAUACGCUUCAGGCUACGGGCUCUCUUCAUACUCUAAGGUUCUGCAUUAGAUGUUGUGUGCGAGUCAAAUGAUAUAUGAGAUGAAAUAAAACCGUAUAAAUGUUUUCUUUGUUUAUUAAUUAAUUAUACAAAAGCAUACGUCAUG